GAUGGUGGGGAUUGCUGGUGAGGCGGUAGACGCGCGGCGACCAAGAAGAGAAGCAGCAGAAGGAGGAAGAGAAGGAGGAGGAGGCUGAGUGAUCGGCGGAGUAGAGAGAGAGAGGACGCCUGCGCGGAAUCCCCGGGCGGGCGCGGGCAGUGCCACCGGAGGCCCGGCGGUUUCAGAGCUUCGCCCGGGACGACGAACCGCAGACGACCUGUACGCAAAACUCGGCCGUGCGUUAUCCGGAGGCUACGCUGCCCUCCGUAAGUGUAUAAACGAGGAAGAAAGAAAAAGAAAUAUAAAGGGCUCGAGAGAUCUUUCGCACGACGAAUAAGAAUUUAGAAACAACAGAGACUUGGCUCGUUUUUUUUUUUCGUGUCGAAUAUUACCAACGGCAACGUAUCGUUUACGCGACGUAACAUAAUAUGUGAUACAGUGUCGUCGCAAAGGUGCCAAUUGGAUAAGGUAGAAACUUUUUCAUUAGAGUUGAGGAAACGAAAGAGGGAAAGAAUAUUACGAGAAGGUGUCGCUGUCGGUGGAGAUUUGUAAAGGCUGUGGAAAGAGAAAGAGGAAGAAGAAAGACAUGAACGACGUCUGGUAGCGACACCGACUGCGGAGAACGAACGCGGUGAGAUGACGAAGGAUUAGGAGAAACUGAGAGAAAGAGAGCGAGAAAGAGAGAGAGAAAAGCAUUGAACGCGCGCGCGAGCAAUACAGAGAGAGAGAGAGAGAGAGAGAGAGAGAAAUAACAGGCUAGAGAGUGGCGUGGUGCACCAGGACGGUGUGGUGCGCGCUGUGAGAUGUCAGUUGACCAUCAGUCGAAGACAUCCACGUUGUCGUCGUCGUCGUCGUCGCCGUCAUCGUCGUCGUCGUCGUUGUCGUCGUCAUCAUGAGGAGAUCCUCUUACGUCAACUAUUACGUCCUGUGCCUCGUCUGUUGGAUCCUUUUGGGUAUUACCGGUGUGAGCACCAGAUCGCAUUCCUUGGUGAAGAGGUUCGACGGGAUUUACACGGGUCCGUAUUUCGACUCGAACUCACCUACGAACAUAACGGCGCAGCUAGGCUCUCAUGCGUAUCUACCGUGCAAAGUACGACAGCUCGGUAACAAAUCGGUCUCGUGGAUCAGGAGAAGAGACUCGCACAUACUAUCCGUGGAUAGGACCAUGUUCAUCCCCGACGAGAGGUUCCAGGCGAUCUUCGCGGACGCGUCCGACACUUGGACGUUGCAGGUGAAAUACGUCCAGGCACGGGACGAGGGCGAAUACGAGUGCCAAAUCUCGACGGAUCCGAAGAAGAGCCACAUUAUCAAGCUCAACAUCGUCGUGCCAAAAAUCGAGAUCCUGGGAGACCGGGACAUGUACGUGAAAACUGGAAGCACGGUCGCAAUACGUUGCAUGAUAAAGCAAUCUCUCGAGGGGCCGUUCUACGUCUUCUGGUAUCACGAGGGCGAUCGCGUUCUCAAUUAUCAGCAGGGUAAGAUCGACAUACAGACUAAAAGGAUCGAUCACGAUACGGUUAGCAGCCUCGUGAUUCGCAACGCCAGGCGAGAGGAUUCCGGUAAUUAUACCUGCAGUCCGAGUAAUUUGGACAGUGCCAGCGUGCAACUUCAUGUUUUGAACGGAGAACAUCCGGCGGCGAUCCAAAGGGGAAUUAGCUCGGCUCCUUGCGGUUGUCAUACGUUUUGGUGGUUCGUAGGAGUGGUCACGCUCUACUCGAGUCACGGAAGUCGAAACUACAUCCUCGUCCUCCUGGCCGUCAUGGUCCUUUACUCGAAAAAUCCAUCUUACUUCAUGCCGGAACGAUAAUCAGGAUCAUCGGGAAGGACCAAGCACGAACGAGCGAGCGAGCUAGCGAGCGUGCGCGCGAGAAUCGAUUAUCUUCGGCCAUGAAACGCUUUGUCUCUUAACCUCACGUCGAAGGGAUUUCUCGGGAAGGAGAGAGAGAGAGAGAGAGAGAGAGAGAGAGAGAGAGAGAGAGAGAGAGAGAGAGAGAGAGAGAGAGAGAGAGAGAGAGAGAGAGAGAUAGGAAUAAAGAUUUCCAUCGAUCGUUCAAUAUCGAAAAGAAGCUUGAAAAGCGUUAAAGUUAGGAUCUGACGAGAAUUCGAGGAGAAGAGCAGGCUCGAGAGAAUCGAAAACUUUUGUACGGACACGCGAAAGAUGAAAAGAAACGAAGACGAGAAUCGACGAGUUCGAAGAAGAACGAUCAUCGUUUCUAUCGUUUCGUCGCUGAAGACUGACCGCUCACUUUUUCUUUUCUUUUUUUUUUUUUUUUUUUUUGCAAGCGAGCCGAAAUGAUAAUCGGAGAGUGAGAGAUAUUAAUUGUUGAUCGUUCGUUGGAGUGGCGAUUCAUUCGGAGAAUAAUGGUCUAAAAAAAAAAAAAGAAACAGGGAAAAACAUAGAAAAAGGAAAGGGGUAGAAAAGAGCAAACAAUCUUGGUACCAAGAUAUUGCAUAUUUAUAGAGUAACCCUUUCAAGUUACAGUCUUGUCAAUCUAUCAGCAAUAUCAAGGUCCAAAAUUCUUUCCGCGGGAUGAAAUUCUAAAAUUAUUAGAGAUGCAUUUCGUCUAUCGAGACAGUAUGAUCCGGCCGUUAGUAUCUUAGGUAUUAAAUAACUCGUGACGAUUUUUCGUUGGAUUCGCACGAGUUUCUUGAGCAGGCCGUGACUUCUCACGGGCCGGCUACCUUGUAUACGAGGACGUAUUACGCGAGGAUCGUGGCCAAUUUCAUUAUUUCAAUAAACUACGGACGGACUAUAAGCCUACGUUCUAUUUUUAAAAAGAAAAUGAACGAAGAAAGAAGCCAAAUUCAGCAACGAAAAAUUAUAUAUCCGCGAAGCGUACCGAUGGCACAACGAUCAUUAUUAUUUCCUUUGCUUUAGACGCUAUAUUUAUCACGAUCUUCCCGUUUUCGUGCUCUUGUCUUUGUCGAGAAAGUUCAAAGAAAUAUAAAAAAAAAAAAGAAAAAGAAAAAAGAAAAAAAGAAGCAGUAUAAAGAUCUCGAUAACGAGAUGCCCCCCUCCCCCCAACACCGAUAAUCGAUGAUCGCGCGUCACUAGAACGAUCGUGGAGGUCCUGUCGAGGUCAUCGAAGGGUUUCGUAGUUUCUGUUAAUUACCGACCAGAUGAAGUCACGAGUCGGCGGUAGUUAACGAUGGAAGGAUAACGUGAAAUAAUGCGAAAGAGUGCAAGAGAGAGAGAGAGAGAGAGAGAGAGAGAGAGAGAGAAACAAACAGAGAAUGAUGUAAGACAAAAGAAACUUCGUCCACGGCACUCGAAAGAAUUGAAACUUGUUCGAUGAAACUUGUAAAGACAAUGUGAUUAAUUAUAUUUCCAUAGCGAUCGAUUAGCAAAGCGUGUCUAUACUCGACGUCCAUACCGUUUUCAUUCCAGGAUCGUAGCGAGAGAACGUAGCGACUACAAACCUUUUUACUUGCUUUUCUUUUUUGUUUUCUUUAGCAAUCGGGCCGAGAAAAUCCUCCCUCCGUCUUCGAUGAUGGAUUAGACGUAACGCCAAAAACGUCGAACGAGUCGAACCAUCCUACGGCAAGAUCUUUUUUAUCCGAGAGCGAAAUCGAUUUAUCGAUACGAAAACGACGAGCACCUCUAAUUAACCAAAAAAGAAAAACGUUCAUAUCAAAUGUCGAUGUCGACCCUUCAUAUCAGAUCUUUUUCCGAGAUCGUUUUCGUGAUCUUCGCUCGAAGCUAAUCAAAGUCGACGAGAUCGAAAAGUUCGUGGCGUUUAAUUAAAGUCAUCAUAUAAUUAAUCUUUUUCAUUGGAAAAAAAAUUCCUUGAAAAGAAACGCGUUUUAAUUUCUUUCUCUGUUCUCGGACGAAGAUUUAUCGUAAAGACUUAGCGUGCAGGACGGAGGAAGAUGGAGAAAAAAAAAAUAGAAAAUGAAAUGAUUCUCUCGUAUCGAUCCACGAGAAUGUGAUGGUCUGUAAAAAAGCGCAUUGAGUAUAAACACGAAACAUCGAAAUGUGUCAUGUAACCGUGCGUGCGUGCGUGCGAUUUUAGUAGUAUAAAGGUUGUCAAAUCUCUUGCUUUUUUCUUUUCUUUUCUUUUCUCUUUUUUUUUUUCUUUUUUUCUCAUUUGACUAUUAUCAUUUAACAAUCGAUUCAUUGAUGGAAUGAGAAAAGAAAGAAACGGUUUUCAUCUUGUAUCUCGCGAUCCGCACGGACGGCUACUACAAUGACAAGGACGGAUAUACAGCUUUUUGAGAAGAGGACUCUUUUUCUGUCGAUUGAGCCCUUUCGUGAGUUUCCCUUAAUUCUCGCGAGUAUUAGAAAGAGUACUGUUUUUUAUAAUAUUAUAUAUAUAUAUAUAUAAAUGAAUAUAUAUAUCUAUAUAUAUAUAGGUAUCUAUAUAUAUACAAACGGAGCAGAUAAAUAUAUAUAUAUAUAUAUGUAUAUGUAUAUGUAUAUGUGUACGCGCGCAAAUACGUUGCACAAUGGUGUUGAGUAUUGAACAAGUUUCAGCUCGUCGAGUAAAGGAGAGACGUACAUCCAACGGAAAGUUACGAUCCCUUCGACGAAGAGAGGGCAUCGUCGCGAAAGUGUCACGAGAAGAUCGUAGGAUGUCGGCUGAUGUAUUUAGUAGCGUGUAACGAAGGAAACGGCGAUUGAAGAAAAAUAUUCAGUAAGAGAAAGAGAGAGAGAGAGAGAGAGAAACGAACGAUACGUAUAGAAUAUCUACGAUUCAUGUGAUUGUAAAUACAUAGUACAUAAAUAACGUAACGUUAACUAACGAUAUGCCGUACGUGUUACACUAAAGAAACAAAAAAAAAGAUAAAUAACGUUACUGUGUAAUUUUUUGGAUCGUAAAUGCAUUGGAAUGGGUCUGGCCGCCUGUGCUAACCGGUUUGAUGUAAUCGUGUAAAAGAAAGGGAACGAUAAAAUUACGAGAUGUAAAGAAAGAAAUAGAGAGAGAGAGAGAGAGAGAGAGAGAGAGAGAGAGAUUUCCCGUCGGAACAAUAGCAAUUUCAAUCUUUCAUAAAAUCGCGUAACAAUAGUAAAAAUCAUAAGAAUUUUGAUUACGCGCGGUAGUCCAUUCUUGUGAAUUUUGUUUUCUUCCACGAGUCGUGUUCCGUGCAGUUGAUCUCUCGACGAUACGAAUUUCUCGCGAUAAAGAGAUAGUGAAGGUGGCACACAUUUGCGCGCAUGUUUCUUCGUGUGCGCGAUUGCGUCAGAGAGGCAGAGAGAGAGAGAGAGAGGGAAGAAGGGAGGGUGAAGAAAGGACGAGAACGGUAGGACGCGUUUAUCCUCAAUCGGAUAAAAAGGGUCCGAGGAUAGCACGGGCCGGCCACACGCGACUAGAUGUAACACUAAUUAACGCCUAGCGUAAGACUUAAACGGAUAUAAAUGAAGAUAUAUUGUCUGAUAUAAUAAGAUGAGAGCGUGCGCGAGUGCCUCUGCGAGCGAGUGCGUGUACUUGCGUGCUUGAAUGGGUGAAUGUCUUGCGUACAAGAGGAAUAAAAAAAUGGGUAAACGUGUCGCGAAUAAGCGUGCGUUCGUUGAAUGUGCAAACGAGCGGUUGAAAGAUAGAUAAGGAGAGAAAGAUAGAGAGAAAGAGAGAGAGAGAGAGAGAGAGAGAGAGAGAGAGAGAGAGAGAGAGAUAGCGAGAGGUUCGUUGGACUGACGCGACAAGGCGUUGGUCGAAUGACGCACUUUCGAAUAAAAAGGGGCGACUGGGGACAACUUCUUGUAUCUUCUUUUCCUUCUUCCCGCGCCUCGCGAGGCCACUCUUCGUAGACUUUGGAGAUAAAAGAAAUAGAGAGGAGGAGGAGGUGGUAGCAGCAACAGCACCUCGAGGCCACAAUUAAAACACGCGCAGCUCCGUUUCGCGUUUUUCGCGCGGCCUCCCCUCGCCGGGUGGAAGAAGGAAACUCGUGACGUGCUCGUCCUCGUCGCUCCUUUGUUAACGACGAAGAAGAAAUGAAAGCAGUAUAUGUGUGUGUAAGAGAGCAAGCGAGCGAACGAGAGAGAGAGAAACAUGAGAUAACGCGAAAUGAGAUGGUAACGGCGAAGAGGAGAAAUAAAUAAACACACAUGUACGCAUACACGAUACACAGAGAUACACGUAAACAUACAUACAAACAACACAUGUCGUCUAGGGUACAUAAACUAUAACGUCGUAGGCAGCAUUGAAUUUUUGUACCAACGUCUAUUGUAGCUCUUAAGUGUCGCGAAUUCUUACGUUCUCGUACGACGACGGUGAAGCCACCGUCGUUCGUUGGUUUUUUCGUUUUCUCGAUGAAGCCAAAGCGGGCAGCGGACUCGAAAGAGGCAAAAUAUGCGCUUUUUUCGUCGAUCGAAAUUAAUCGACUAACUUUUAUAAACAUCUUCUUAUCGGCGUUCCAAAAGUCAAUUUAUUUUCGAACGAUCCAUAGACCUGUUUCGAGAAGGAUCGAUCGAUCGAAAAACGUUGAAAGCCCUCGAUCCGCUCCCCUUGGUCCAAUCGACCAAGAUCCACGUCGAUUCCCGAGAGUCGCGGUACGAAUUUCGAGAGAAAGAAAGACAGAGAGAGAGAGAGAGAGAGAGAGAGAGAGAGAGUUAGGAGUAAGAGAGCAAUUUAAUUCGAGCGACGCUUGACCGUCCUAAAAGUUCGUCUAUGUGCUCUUACGCGUCUAUAGUCGUGUUAAAACUUUUGUGAUAGCGUUAACGAGUCGAAUCAGCGCGUAAGAUUCGAUCGUGAUGGUUGAACGAAUGAGAAGAAAAUUGAUCGGUAGCCCGGAACGAUCAAAAAAAAAAUAAAAAAUAAAAAGAAAAAAAGAAAAGAAGGAAGAGGGAAGGAGGAGAGAAUAGCGAAAGCGGCACUCGGAGGAGAAAGAAUUUCGAAAUUGGGUUGCCGAGAAAAGAUUUUAGCGUUGAACAUAGGAUAGGAACGAAUCUCCGCUUUGGCGCGAGACAAACUUUUUGUCCACGUCAGAAGAUUCGAAGUCCACGAGCGAUUUUGACAACUUUUUUCUCUUCGAUCUCUACACGAUUUAUAUUUCGUGAGAGUGAGAAAUAUUUCGCCGUAUAAACUUCGACGUUGAUUCGACCGUAGGGAAUACGUUUUAUGAUCCAAUUUGGGAUCGUUUGCCGGUAAUAGUGCUCUUUCCUUUGCGCGUGUAACCCGAUCGCUGAAAGUACGUUUGGCUGCCAAGGAUCGGACGGAAGAUGAGACUCGUAGUAGACUUUCGUUAUCGAUCGAAACCCUCGGGACGACAAAACGAUUUUUCUUGCGUUUCCUCGAGAUGAAACGCAAGAAGAAUCAAAAAAGAUCGAAGCUCCUGAAAACAAUUGGGUCUCGAGGAAUGGAAAAGAAAGAAACUCGAAAGUGCGAUACCCCCCGUCAGGAACUUCGAUCUGAAAUUGUUUAUCGAACGAGCGAUUGAUUAUUUCUCAAGAGUCCUCCGAUAUAACGAUCGUCACGUUAACAAUACGCGGCAAACACACGUAGCGAAGGGUCUAAUUAAUCGUUAAUACGUCAUAUCUGCCAAUUCGAACGUUCGACGAAAUAUACGAUGCGGAGAAAUCAAGAGGGAAUAUAAAAGAGAUAAGGUCACUUUGUCGAGCGAGCGAAUAAGCGGAAGUCGUCGAAUAAAAAUAAAGAAAAAAGAGAAAAAAAGAGAGAGAGAGAGAGAGAGAGAGGGAGAGAGUGGGGGGGAAACAAGAGAGGUACGAAGAGGAAAACAUUGAGAAAAAAAAUUAUUCCUCGAAGAAAGCCUCGUCUCGUGGAUUCUAAUUCGUACACCUUACGCGCUUUAUGGUUUAACGAGAAUAAACUUUAAAGGAUCUACGAGAUGAUGCCGAGGACUGCGAAAAAGAGGACGAAAGAAGAAUGAGCGUGAGAGAGAGCGGCGUGAAAGUCGGGAGUGCCUGGCGGAAUGGCUGAGCAAGAAAAAUAAUAAAGGGAAAAAAAAGAAAAAAAAAAAAAAAAGAAAUCAAUGUUAAAACCGAUCAUUAUCGAUUCGCAAGUUUAAAAGAAAAAAAAAGAAAAAAAAAAAAGAAAAAAAAAGAAGAAAAAAAAAAGAAAACAGAUCUUCGUUAUCCGCCAUUUUCACACGUAUAUAAGUUCUGAAUCUCGUUUUGUACAGGUGUGGGCGAUACGCUCCUAGGGCAUCGCAUCCUUUAAUCAUCUUUCAGUUUUAUUUUGUACUUCGAAACCCAGACGAAUUCAUUUCUCUUUUUACUUUGAUCUGUAUAACGAUGAAAUUAUCUGGGUAUCAAGGAAGGACAGUUCGAAACGGUGCCCUUGGAGCAAGCUCCACGUCGAGGUACGCUAUACAUACAAAUUUGAACCUUUCCGUUUUCGAUCUAUCGUGGCAAAGGGAGAAGAAAGAACUGCCCCGUUCUAUGUGUGUAAGAACCAUAAAGCUUAAUGAAGAACAUUAUACUAUGAACUUACGGGAUACUAAAUAAAAGUAAGCCAAACCGUU